AUCAUCAAAAACAAAUAUUCAACAGCUCCUUCUUUCACACUCAUCACUCUCUGCUAGCUCUCACCAUUCACUCUCUCUCUCUCUCUCUCUCUCUCUCUCUCUCUCUCUCUCUGCUAGAGCCACCACUGCUUGCAGAGAAAAGAAAGAGGAAAUAAAAAUGGUGGCACCGAUGAAAAAAUUCUCCAUUUUUAAUUCCCAUUUUACCCCUAUCACAUUCACUUAUUUACUACUACUGUCCUUCUCCUCCUCCACCACUCCCAUUCUUGCCAUCAACAUCACCACCCUCCUCUCUUCCUACCCUGACUACUCCUCCUUCACUGCUCUUCUUUCUUCUUCUUCUUUCUUAGCUGAUGAUCUCACUCACCGCUCUUCUCUUACUCUUUUAGCUGUACCCAAUUCAUAUCUCUCCGCCACCGUCGACUUCACGCGCCAUCUCUCUCCUUUUUCCCUUGCCGACCUCCUUCGCUAUCAUGUCCUUUUACAGUACUUCUCCUGGUCUGACCUCCAUCAGAUCCCUACCUCUGGUCUCCUUGUUACCACUCUCUUUCAAACCACUGGACGCGCCUCCUCUAAUUCCGGCACCGUUAACAUUACCCGGAAUCCCAUCACCAACACCGUCACUAUUAACUCUCCAUCCCCUUACUCUGGUUCAAACGCAACCGUUUUGUCUCUGGUUAAAACGCUCCCGUAUAACAUCUCUAUCCUUUCUGUGAAUUCACUUUUAGUCCCUGAUGGGUUCAAUCUCAUGGCAUCGGAGACUCGGCCGCCAUUAGGCCUGAAUAUAACGAAAGCUCUUAUAGAUGGGCAUAAUUUUUUUGUGGCGGCAUCGAUGCUAUUGGCUUCUGGAGUGGUGGAUGAAUUUGAAGCUGAUGAAAGAGGCGCCGGAAUUACUCUCUUUGUCCCAACUGACUCCGCUUUUGCAGAUCUGCCGGCAACCGUCAGCUUACAGUCACUGCCAGCUGAGAGAAAAGCUGUUGUCUUGAAGUUUCAUGUCUUGCAUUCUUAUUACCCGCUAGGUUCGCUUGAGUCGAUUGUGAACCCAGUCCAGCCAACAUUGGCCACGGAAGCCACCGGUGCCGGUAGAUACACUCUGAAUAUCUCGAGGGUUAAUGGAUCGGUGGCAAUCGAUACAGGGAUAGUACAGGCAUCGGUGACGCAAACGGUUUUCGAUCAGAACCCAGUUGCGAUAUUUGGGGUGUCGAAAGUGUUGUUGCCGAAGGAGAUUUUUGGGAAGAAUCCGAUGAUGACGAGUAAGCCGGGAAAUACCGUGAUGGGCACCGCUCAGCCACCGGAUAUUUCUCUAUCACCAGAGAGUUCUCCCGGAUCCAAUGGGCAGCCUUCUCAUCUGUCAUCACCGCCAGGUUUUAGAGAAGAAGUAAACUCUGGAGGCAGAGCUGAAGCUGCCAUUGAUGGAUUACAGAGCCUGAUUUUUGCUGUGUUUUGUACAGGAUUGUAUUUAGCGGUAUGAGCUUUUUAUUUUUUAUUUAUUUUUUUGCUGAUAAUUAAUGAUUUUCUUUUUCCUAUUUGUACACGGCGAUUGAACUUGGCUGAAAAAGCAGCCAAUUUUCUUUUCGUUUUUUUUUUUUAAUUUUCCUUUUUUUAUUUUUGGAACUCUAGAGAGAGAUGUCUAAUUGUUAAUUUAAUUAUGUCAAUGUUUCAAUAAUUUAUAUAUAAAAAAAGCACUUUAUUUUUCUAGCA